AUGGGCCUUCGCCCCUCGGGCUGUUGGACAUGCCGAAUUCGACACCGGAAAUGUGAUUCGAGAACCCCCACCUGCAAAGAAUGCACCGACCGUAACGUCCAUUGUCACGGCUACGGGCAGAAGCCGGAGUGGAUGGAUGGUGCCGCUGAAGAAGAGAAGGAGAAACUGAGGAUCAAACAAGCAGUCAAGGAGAACUUCCGUAGCCUAAGGAGAAUGCAGAAUAGAGCUCGCCAACAUCGACGCGAUGUCGCAUCACGGCUGCAUGCAGUGCCGGCUCACCAAGAACAGGAUUGGGGGCCCAGUGGAUCGAUAUCCCCGCAUCACGGCGGCAAUCUCCCUGAUUCUGAGCUAGACAGCAGAGAUUACGCACCAAACAAUGAGUUGAAUUCCGAGAGUUCCAACAACACUCGGUCAGCGCACAUAGAGUUGGUGCGGCAAGAGUCCGGGCGGAUGCCGUGGAUCGACUCACACGAUGCUAUUUUGCUAAUGCAUUACUUGGACCAAGUAUUUACUUGGCAGUUCCCUUACCACUCAUACGCCUCUAGGUCAGGAAAUCGAGGCUGGCUGCUUUCGCUACUGAUACAACAAGGUCCCCUUUAUCACGCCAUCCUGAGUCUGUCCUCCCUUCACCAGAGUGUGUUACUCGGCCGAGAAGAAGAAUAUUGCCAGCAAUGCAUAGCGUUUGACCGCCACUCCCGGGCAUUGAGAGAGCUCUGUGCAUUUAUGAGCUGCAAAGAAGAACAAUUAUUCAACGAUGCAGCGCAAAUGACAGAGUUUCUGUCAUCCGGCAUAAUGUUAAUUACAUUUGAGGUAUUUCGAGGCGGCGAACACGACUGGCAGUUACAUCUGAAUGCGCUGACUUCUACAUUGAGCCAGCUCACAACCCAAAAUGGCUUCUCCCCUCAAGACGAUCAUAACGACUUUCAUUGGGACAAAAUGCACGAUCAUCUUAAUUUCACGGAAAACAAAGACUGGCAAGGCCUACAAUUUCUCAUCACUGCGGCACUCUGGUUCGACAUCCUCUCGUGUGUCUCAACUGGUGAAGUACCCGCGCUUCCGUACAGUCAAUGGCUCAGCAUUUCUGGGCUAGACACAGCGGCUAUCAUGGGCUGUCAAAACUGGAUCAUGGCAUUGAUUGGUGAUUUGGCCAAUCUGAAGCAAUGGAAGGACAAUGGCAUGAAAAUUGGAUUGCUGAGCACUCGUGAUCUGGCAGUCAAGGGCCAGCGAAUUGAGACUGCCCUCGAAAACGGUAUUGCACAAUUGGACAUGAAUGACAAGGUGAAUUUGGUCGCCCCCAUGUUCUUGCGGCAUGACGUUGACAGAUUUGCUUAG